UCAAGCUAAAACACAGUUUCUGCAACUGCUUUAAUCACUGUGUUUUGUUUUUAACAAUAUAUUUGGCAAAUAACUCCAUUUAAUUACAUAUUUAAUUAGCUACGAGUAGCUACAACUAGCUCAUAUUUAGGUAUGCAUAUACUUUUUAUAAAUCGAGAGUUGUAAGACUUUUUUAGUUUUUUCUGAGAUUAGUUAGUACAAUAAUAAUGAUAAUGUUAAUAGCAGCUUUUACGUACAUAAAUUAGUGCACUACUCAAUGAGUAAAACGUUAAUGAUAACAACAAUCAGUCCAACAUUCGCUGUAACACAGUUACUAAAACAAAAUUUACACAAUACAAGCCAAAAUAUCUCCGAAUCUUUUGAACCAAUAAUGUCACAAUUUUUUGAUACUAGCGGUAAAAUAAUUGUUUCCGAGUGGGUACUUGUACUUUAAUCAGUGAUACACGGAGUUUCACCUAUAAAUACAAUUUAAAAAAUGAAUGUAUCACACAUCCGUUGAAUUUGUUGUUGUGACUUUAACCCAGAUUUUAACAAAAAUGGUUAUUUUACGAGGAAAUAUUACUUCAUCAGACGACAACGUGAUCACCACUCCGGAGGUGACCCGGGAGGCUACAGAAUGUCUAGGCCAAACCAUGUUCAAACACAUGAAAAAUAACAAAGAUAAAGUGGCACAGAUUGAUGCCAACACUGGUCAAGUGGACACCUUCAAAGAUCUGCUCCAACGUUGUGUCCGCACUGCCUUACACAUGACCGAUAAAAAUGUGACAAGGGACCACAUAGUGACUUUGUGCACCAACAAUCACUUGAAUUCGGUCGUUCCUUUCAUUGCCACCCAAUUUAUCGGAGCCCGAAUGGCCUCUCUUGACCCAUCGUUCUCACAGAAGGAAAUGUCGCACUUGCUGAAGCAAGUCCGUCCAAAAAUGUUAUUUGUGGUUCCAGAAGUGGCCAAAACUAUUGAAAGUAUUGCGAAAGAACUAGAUCUCGACUCCGAAAUUGUUGUUUUUGGAAGGAGCAACACGUUCACUGAAUUUUCGGAGUUUCUGCGCCCCCAUGACAAUGAAAAGCAAUACAAACCGGUCAAAAUCGACAAUCUCUUCGACACUGCGGUCAUAUACUUCAGUAGCGGCACUUCGGGGCUUCCGAAAGGCAUCUGCAUCAACCACUACGCUUUCAUCACCCUGGUCCUCACAACAACUUACACGGAAAACCCCGAUUUGCUGUAUAUGGCAAGUCAGGCGAGGAGAGUUGCCUUUCCGUUGACGAUUCUCACUUACACUUCCAUGUACUGGAUCUCAGCUGGUACUUUGGUUGUGUCUUCAGUUAUUGAUGGGUUCUGUCGUCUCGUUUGUUCGGACUUUGAUGGGGCAAAAAUUUGGGACUUUUUCGAGAGAUACAAACCAAUGGGAGUCUUACUGACGCCAGUGCAAGCCAUUGAAAUGCUCGCCAAAAAGCCUAAGAGAAAUGUGGACGUCAACAGCAUCCUGUCCGUGGUUAUAAUCGGAUCAGGGAUUUCGAAAGAAUACUCAUUGAGACUAAAAGAAGAGUACCCACAAGCUGAUGUUGUUCGGGGCUACGGACAGACGGAAACAAGCGGAGCUGUCACACUGUUUCGAGGAAACGAUGCCAUCCACCGACCUCUUAUGCAAAAGGAAGAGAAAAUUGAAUCUGUCGGACUCCCAAUUCGAGGCAUGUCGUACAAGGUGGUUGACUGCGAGACCAAUAAAAAUUUAGGUCCAAAUCAAAAAGGCGAGCUUCGGGUCAAGUCAAAAUACGUUAUGAAUGGAUAUUACAACAUGGAUUCGUCUGCGUCUUUUGAUGAAGAUGGAUGGCUGAAAACCGGAGAUGUGGUUUAUUACGAUGAAGAUUACUGUUUUUAUAUCGUGGAUCGGAUUAAAGAAUCUUUCAAGUACCAGGGCUGGUUUAUCGCUCCAGCUGAGCUUGAAAAUGAAUUGCUUAAUCAUCCAGCAGUUUUGCAAGCUGUGGUGAUUGGAAUACCUAAAGAUGAUGGUCAUCAUCCAAUGGGGUUGGUUGUACUUAGGGAAAAUGUUGACGCUAGUGAGGAAGAAAUUGAGAAAUUUGUAGAAGAGAGAGUGCCAGAAAGACAGAGAUUAAGGGCGGGGGUAAAAAUUUUAAAGUCUUUACCGAUGACAGUUACGGGGAAGGUAAAGAGGGUGGAAGUGAAGAAGAUGAUUCUAGAAGGAAAUAACGAAUAAAAAAGCCAAGAGUGCGAUUGUAUUUUUGUCUAAUUUGAUUGUAAUGACUUGUAUAAUUUAUGUCACAUGUUGUUACUAGGUUUAAUAAACAGUAUUACAAAUCAA